GUCGAACAAGGAUAGCAGGAGACAUACCCAACUCAGACAACGCCAUUCUUUUCUAUCUGUGAAGCAUUGCUCAGCUGUGCUCGAGUUCUCUCCCAAAUUCAAGCUCUGAACGACAGAGUAUGAGACUCUACGACAUCCCUACCAAACGCGUCACGACCACGACUUAGAUUGAACGACUCUUGCAAGGAAAGAACGACCCUCACCCACGCAUGACUUUCUAGGACGAAGACUUCCACCAUGUAUCUUCCUCGGACGCUUCUCUCACAUCUCUACACGCAUCUGGUCCGCAACACGCAUCCACUUUCACCACCCGUCUUGAUACUCGUAUCGCUCGACCCAGAUGCUCUCUGCGCGUGUCGAAUCCUCACUGCACUACUCAAACGCGACUACAUCCCUCACAAAGUCCAACCGGUAGCCGGAUACAGCGAAUUGGCCGCUGCUGGCAAGGACCUCGUCCUUCCGUUGACGCGUCAACAUGGAGGUCAAGGUGGUAUUGUCGUCUGUCUAGGCGUUGGUGGACUGGUCGACUUGGAAGAGAUGCUCGGUCUGGAUGGAGGUGAAGACCCGGAGACACAAAUGAACAUGUACGACCACGGUGUUGAAGUCUGGGUUGUGGAUGCAAGAAGACCGUGGAAUUUGCAAAACGUCUUCGGUACUGGAGCAAUGGCACCACCCGAGGAACAAGACGCCGCAAUAACACCUGCGAUAGCAAAGAGGAGGAGGGGCGUUGAUGGAGGCAAGCUCUUACCAUCAUACACACCAGGAAGAGGAGGCAUCAUCGUUUAUGACGAUGGCGAUAUCGAGCAAGAGUUGAACGCUGAGAAAGAAGCCUUCAUCGCUCUACAGGACAUGCCUGACAUAGAUGAAGAGGCUGAUGAUGGUGACCUCGAUGACGAGAGCGACUCGGAUGAUGCUGUUGAGGAUUCACAGACACGAAAGCGAAAGACAUGGAGUGAUGAUGAUGCAGAGGAAGAAGCAAACAGUGACGACGACGAUCUUGACAGACCAUAUCAAAGGCGGCGCAGUAAUUCGAACACAUCAAUACCUGCUACUCCUCGAUCACCAGCAUCACGACACGAACGUAUGGAAAUGUCCAACCACCCAUCAUCUUCACAACUAGGGCCAGUCCCUUCAUCACCCCCACUUCACCCCAAGGAACCGUCCGCGCGCUCUCUCCGUCGCAAGCUACUCAAGAUGAAGCGAAAGCACGAAGCUGUACUAGAAGCAUACUACUCAUUAGGCACAUCAGCAUCAGAGCCGAUAUCAUCCAUGCUCUACUCGCUGGCCUCAGAGCUUGGUCGUGAGGAUAACGAUCUCCUUUGGCUAGCCUUGGUCGGUAUGUCAUCCACUGAGCUCUACGGACGCUCAAAGACAGCAAACUCAGAAGCACGCCAAAAUCCCUGGAACUUGAGCCGUGGUGACCAGAUUCGAGAUGUCCUCCGUGAUGAAGUUCGCCGUCUCAACCCAGUACCGGCAUCUGAUAUCGCCAGAGAAAGAGACGAAGCAGGCGGCAUCAUCCCUACACACGCACGCUCACCGACAGAUAACUCGAUUCGUCUCUCACCAGAACCUAAGUUCCUUCUCAUCAGACAUUGGUCUUUGUAUGAGAGUAUGCUCCACUCACCUUAUCUAUCAUCACGACUUCACAUCUGGUCCGAUGCUGGACGAAGGAGACUUCACAAGCUUCUCGCAAAGAUGGGCGUGUCCCUAGCAGAAGCCGAGAAGGGCUACACACAUAUGGACAUGGAGUUAAAGCGUGGCCUCCGCGAGCGUCUCUUGAAGUUUGCGCCAAUGUAUGGACUUGACGGGCUAGUACCGCCAGAGGACAGUCACCGUCACAGACAUGAAGGCUGGGGCUUCGUCCGCUCAUGGGGUUGGCAAGCAUGUCUGUCGGCCGUCGAUGUUGCCGUCAUCACGAGUGCCAUACUCGAAGUGGGCACAGAACAGAUCUUCGAAACAAUCUCUGCCGCGACACCACAAACAGACUUCCGCAUGAAAGUCUACUCAAACUACAACUCACGUAUGCAAGCUCUGCCGACACCGCCCACAUCACACAACGGCGACUCUUCACCUUCACAGUCACAGAUCGAGCAGGAAGCCGCAAUCACAGAUCCAGACUGGACCACCCACCGUUUCUUCGCUGCCUACGACGCUCUUUCGCCAUCAUCUACAGCUCUUCGCCUCCUCCUCGAUCACGUUCCCACAGCACAACAUCUGCACAGAGCCAUCCUCCGCACCGGCAGUGCUCUUAUCUCUAAACAUCAAAUCCGUCAUCUUCGCGCCUUCCGCAUGGGCGUCGUUCGUGAAGGCCCAGAUGUAGGCCUCUUCAUCCACCCUGGCGCCCUAGUCAAACUCGCCACAUGGGUCAGCGAAGCAAUAUCCGUCCUCGAAGCCGAGAAGGGAGCAAAACGCACAGCAGACUCUGGUGCUCUGGUACUAGCAGCUCUUGAUGAGCGAAGAAGCGUUUAUGUGGUCGUCGGUCUUGGUGGCGGCGAUGCAGCAAGCGGGCGUGUACGCAGUCGUGCCGAGCAAAAGGCCCGCGCCGACAAGAAGGCUGCAAAGGAGGCUAAGCAAGCAGAGAAGAAAGCGGCCAAAGUAGCACAACGUCUUCAACGAAAACAAGCACGUCGUGAACGCGAUGAAGCCAAUGGCAUUUUCGUCGACAGCGAUGAUGAGGACGCCUCUGACGCUGAAUCUUUGUCUUCAUCUUCCGAUUCCUCAGACUCUGAAGAUGACUCUGACGACGAAGAGGAGAAAGUUAAACGUGCUCAACGAGGGUAUGGAAGCAAUAAAUUCGGAAGUGCAUUCCAAGAAGUCGUUGAGGAGACUGGCGCAAGAGUCAGGAUUGAUUCAUUCGAGCACGAGGUUGUGGAGGUGAAGAAGGAGGACCUCAGUGGGUUCUUGGAAGCGUUGAGUUUCAAGGGUGUGGUUGGAUGAUUGUGCUAUUGUUUGAGGAACAGCUUGCUUUGUUCUUUUGGUUAUUAUAUGGGUAGAGUGGGUUUGCUUCGCUGUUGAUGAACAGAUGGAAAGAUGAAAGUUUAUGCAUCCAUAGCAUGAUAGGCGACAAGGCGUUUAUUGCUUUUCUUGUCAUCAUAGUUAGUAGCAAAUUAUCUAUAAGGAAUAUAUAGAUACCUUUAUAAGAGAAAUUAUAGAUAAUAAAUUACUUAAAGUUAAAGAAAAUGUAGGGGAGACUAAUAGAUAUUAUCUAGUAUAGAGGAGCAACUAAUAUUAUUAAAAGCUAAGAAGAAAUAAAAAAGAAGAGAAAAGAGAAGAAAGAGAAGAAAUAAGGGUUU